AUUCAUCUUAUACUUUUUUCUCGUUAUGAGCAUUAUUUCUAAAUUUUUGUAUAUAAAGUUCCCUUUUGGCAGUUUCUGAAGUUGUAUAGUUCCAAUGUCAUUUUAAGUGUAAAAUAUAAAAAGUUAUUGUUUUUUUUUUUUUAUUAAGAAACUGAAUUUUCCUUUUGAAACCCGAAAAUAAAAGUCGCCUUUACUUUUUAUAUAUACGUUUCUUUCCUUGAUGUCAAAAUUAUCAUAUAGAUUCUUUCACACUAUCACAAUAUUUGCUUCCAUUCUACAUUCACUACACGGUCUUCCGACAGAUGUUUCAAUACCGCAUAAUAAAUAUGAUCAAAUUCCUUUAACAGAUGAAGAAUUUGGAUGGAAAUUAGGUGUGAUUGUAGUUUUGGUGAUGUUAGGUGGAAUCUUUGCUGGUCUUACAAUUGGACUUAUGGGCUUAGAUGAGACUAAUUUACAAGUAUUGAUGGUAGCAGGUGAAUAUGAUGAAAGGAGACACGCUAAAAAAGUAAUGCAUCUUUUGCAAAAAGGAAAACAUUGGGUAUUGGUCACUUUAUUACUUUCAAAUGUGAUCGUAAAUGAGACUUUACCGAUCAUCUUUGAUUCUGUGUUUGGUGGUGGAUGGCCUGCUGUAUUAUUAUCUACUGCAUUGAUCGUUAUUUUUGGAGAAAUUAUUCCACAAGCUGUAUGUGUGCGUUAUGGAUUAGCAAUCGGAGCUGAAUUUUCAUGGUUCGUUAGACUUUUGAUGUAUGUUCUUUUUCCAAUAGCAUAUCCUAUUGCUUUGAUUUUAGAUUUUUGUCUUGGCGCACAACAUGGUACCAUGUACAGGAAAUCAGAAUUAAAAACUUUUGUAUCUUUGCAUAAAAAUGGGGGGAUUGAAAGUUUAAAUGAAGAUGAAGUCCAAAUUAUUGGUGCGGUAUUAGAUCUUCGUGAAAAAUAUGUAUCAGUAAUAAUGACACCACUUGAAGAUGUCUAUACAUUAAGAGCCGAUGAAGUUUUGAAUCAAGAAUUAGUCGAUGAGAUCCUCUCAAGAGGUUAUUCUCGAAUUCCUGUAUAUGAACCACCUAAUCCAACUAAUUUUAUAGGCAUGCUUUUGGUGAAAAAUUUAAUUACUUAUGAUCCUGAAGAUGCUUGGAUGGUUAAAGAUUUUUCGUUGAGUUCGUUACCUGAAACUCACCCCUUAACUAGUUGUUUAGAUAUUUUAAAAUUUUUCCAAGAAGGAAGAAGUCAUAUGGUACUAGUCUCGGAUGAUCCAGGCGGUGAAGGAGGUGCAAUUGGUAUUUUGACACUCGAGGAUGUUAUUGAAGAAUUAAUUGGAGAAGAAAUCAUUGACGAAACUGAUGUUUACGUUGAUGUACAUAAUAAAAUCAAAGUUGUACGCCGUCCACCGCGUCAAAUACGUCCCAGAUCAUAUUAUUCAUUCCUCUCAAAACGCCGCAAUAGACAAACGGCCAUUACGACAUCAGCAGUUACACCCGUUACGAAAACAACUAAAAAUAAUGAUUAUGUUGCCAAUGGUUCUAAAUCUUUAUAAAUCACGAUUUGAUGGAUAAGCCAGACAGUGAUCAAGAUCAUGAAUCGAUUGGGUUGUUAAAUGGAAUUAAUACUCGUAGAAAAGAACCUUAGAUAAGUAGGUUGUGUUUAUAUAUAUUCAAUUUUUUUUGAAACUGUUCUUAAAUUCACAAUUUUUAGUAUUAUAAAAUAAAUUAUUUUAUUUAAAAUAAUGAUUAAAAUUUCGAUUAUGAAAUAGAUGAAAUAAA